UUCAAUUCUUUCGGGAGGAAAAGGAUGCACAAGAAAACAUAGGGCCUCUGUUUUCUUAAUGCCUUCUCUCUUGCAUUUUAUCUGGUGAUGAGCACCCAAAGAACAUCGGGUGGCAAAGAAGACAUCUGCGCUCACAGCCACACUCCGCUCUCUUCCUCCACCGAAGCCACACGCAUCUGAAUGUUCUGAUCCGGACGCUGCUCACGUAACACAGUGUUAUCGGCUGCGGCGGCGACGCGUGUCCCGACCCUAAUCUCGAGCCUGUGGCCCUUACAGUCCAUCAAGACGAUCCACAGGAUCAUCAUGAGGAAGAAAGAGCUCGGAGAUUGCACUCCACACCAUGGUUCAGUCCACAGCUUCCCCAUAUAAAAUUGCUCCCACUUCCAACAAGUUUGGCAUUCGAGUGGUGCGGCUCGUCUUCCUCGAUCUCCGUCCGUCGAAGCUUUUCGUCUAUCUGUCUCGCUCUCUCCCUCGGCUUCCAGAUGGCUGCCGCUGUCUCCACCGUGGGAGCCGUCAACAGAGUGCCGUUGAGCCUGCAUGGCUCCAGUUCGGGAGCCCCGGUGCCGAGCUCGGCUUUCUUCGGGAGCAGCCUGAAGAAAGUGAACUCCGGUCCGAGCCAUGGGAGGAACUCCACCGGCACUUUCAAGGUCUUGGCUGCUGAUCUCGAUGAGUCGAAGCAGACUUCCAAGGACAAAUGGUCUGGGCUUGCCUACGACGUCUCCGACGACCAGCAGGACAUCACCAGGGGAAAGGGCCUGGUCGACUCGCUCUUCCAAGCUCCCAUGGGCGACGGCACUCACAUCCCCGUCAUGACCUCCUACGAGUACAUCAGCCAGGGUCUUCGCCAAUACGAGUUCGACAACACCAAGGACGGCUUCUACAUAGCUCCGUCUUUCAUGGACAAGCUUGUCGUGCACAUCACCAAGAACUUCAUGGCCCUCCCGAACAUCAAGGUUCCCCUCAUCUUGGGUGUCUGGGGAGGCAAAGGCCAAGGGAAGUCAUUCCAAUGUGAGCUCGUGUUCGCCAAGAUGGGGAUCAACCCUAUCAUGAUGAGCGCCGGAGAACUGGAAAGCGGCAACGCAGGUGAGCCAGCGAAGCUGAUCAGGCAGCGGUACCGUGAGGCAGCAGACAUCAUCAAGAAGGGGAAGAUGUGUUGCCUCUUCAUCAACGACCUCGACGCAGGAGCGGGAAGGCUCGGCGGCACCACCCAAUACACCGUCAACAACCAGAUGGUGAACGCCACGCUGAUGAACAUCGCCGACAACCCGACCAACGUGCAGCUCCCGGGAAUGUACAACAAGCAGGAGAACCCUCGCGUUCCCAUCAUCGUCACCGGCAACGACUUCUCCACUCUCUACGCGCCUCUCAUUCGUGACGGCCGUAUGGAGAAGUUCUACUGGGCGCCGACCAGAGAUGACCGCAUCGGCGUCUGCAUGGGCAUCUUCAGGACCGACAACGUCCCCACGGAGGACAUCGUCAAGCUCGUAGACUCCUUCCCGGGGCAGUCCAUCGACUUCUUUGGUGCUCUUCGGGCCAGGGUCUACGAUGACGAAGUGAGGAAGUGGGUGGGAGACAUUGGAGUGGACAAGGUUGGAAAGAAGCUGGUCAACUCGCUCGAAGGGCCACCAACCUUUGAGCAGCCCAAGAUGAGCUUGGAUACGCUGAUGGAGUAUGGCAACAUGCUGGUGAAGGAACAGGAGAACGUGAAGAGGGUGCAGCUGGCCGACAAGUACCUGAGCGAGGCUGCGCUCGGAGACGCCAACGCAGAUGCCAUGAAGACUGGCUCUUUCUACCAGUAACUCCAUGAUGGUUGCAGGCAAAGCAGCCCAUCCGUCUCUUACGAUCCUCGAUGAACGCAGAGCUGCAUGCAUAAAUUCCAGGCUUGUAGUUUGUGUGGACAAGUGGGCGAAUAUUAUUAUCAGCCACUGUAUCGGUGAUACAUAUAUUAUGUGCAUUUUCCUCA